GAGCUUCGGCCAUUUUGUGCCUGUUUCCUGUGGGACGCGGCGGUGGCAGCUGGUUCGGAAGAGUGAGCGAUUUGCCCCCUCGGUCCUAUUGGUUUUUUGUCUCUCAUUUCUUUGGUCAGCAGAGCGUAACUAUGGGUCGUAAGAAGAAGCAGCUGAAGCCGUGGUGCAUCAGGUAUUGUAACAGAGAUUUUGAUGAUGAGAAGAUCUUUAUACAGCACCAAAAAGCAAAACAUUUUAAAUGUCACAUAUGUCAUAAGAAAUUAUACACAGGACCUGGCUUAGCUAUUCAUUGCAUGCAGGUGCAUAAAGAGACAAUAGAUGCUGUACCAAAUGCAAUUCCUGGGAGAACAGACAUAGAGUUGGAAAUAUAUGGUAUGGAAGGUAUUCCAGAAAAAGACAUGGAUGAAAGAAGACGACUUCUUGAACAGCAAACACAAGCAGAGAGUCAUAAAAAGAAGCAACAAGAUGAUUCUGAUGAGUAUGAUGAUGAUGACUCUGCAGCUUCAAAUUCAUUUCAACCACAGCCUGUUCAACCUCAGCAAGGGUAUAUCCCUCCAAUGGCACAACCAGGACUACCCCCAGUUCCAGGGGCACCAGGAAUGCCUCCAGGUAUACCUCCAUUAAUGCCAGGUGUUCCUCCUUUGAUGCCAGGAAUGUCACCAGUUAUGCCAGGAAUGCCACCUGGAUUGCAUCAUCAGAGAAAAUACACCCAGUCAUUUUGCGGUGAAAACAUAAUGAUGCCAAUGGGUGGAAUGAUGCCACCUGGACCGGGAAUACCACCUUUGAUGCCUGGUAUGCCACCAGGUAUGCCGCCUCCUGUUCCGUGUCCAGGAAUUCCUCCAAUGACUCAAGCACAGGCUGUUCCAGCACCAGGUAUUCUUAAUAGACCACCUGCACCAACUGCAGCAGUUCCUGCUCCACAGCCUGCAGUUACGAAGCCUCUUUUUCCCAGUGCUGGACAGGCUCAGGCAGCUGUGCAAAGACCUGUUGGUACAGAUUUCAAACCCUUAAACAGUACACCUGCAACAACUACAGAGCCCCCCAAGCCUACAUUCCCUGCUUACACACAGUCUACAGCUUCAACCACUAGUACAACAAAUAGUACUGCAGCUAAACCAGCAGCUUCAAUUACAAGUAAGCCUGCAACACUUACAACAAGUGCAACUAGUAAGUUGAUCCAUUCAGAUGAGGAUAUAUCACUGGAAGAGAGAAGGACACAACUACCGAAAUAUCAGCGUAAUCUUCCUCGACCAGGGCAGACUCCCAUGGGUAAUCUACCAGUGGGACCAAUUGGAGGUAUGAUGCCACCACAGCCAGGCAUCCCACAGCAACAAGGAAUGAGGCCCCCAAUGCCACCUCAUGGUCAGUAUGGUGGUCAUCAUCAAGGCAUGCCGGGAUACCUUCCUAGUGCCAUGCCGCCGUAUGGGCAGGGACCGCCAAUGGUGCCCCCUUACCAAGGUGGGCCUCCUCGACCUCCAAUGGGAAUGAGACCUCCUGUAAUGUCGCAAGGUGGCCGUUACUGAUCUUACUUCAUCCAGUAUAAUAGGUUUGGAGAUUAAACCUUUUCUCAACUUGUGCUAUUUAUAUAGCCAAGCUUCGUCAAUAAGGCUUCAUUGUGACUUUAACAAACAUUAUCUUCCCACACACCAGGAACUAUUGGACAUUUAUUUUACAUGGGAAAAUUAUUUGGAAUAAUAAAGCAGGAACUUUUCCUGAAGUUGCAAUUUA